GCCGCGCCGCGACCGCUGACCGCAGCGACCGACCGCGCCCGCUACCCGCGCGACCGGCCUCACCCUCGCCCCACGCCCACGCCUCGCUACGCCGCCGCUAGGUAAAGUAUUCGGCGAGCCGUACCCUUCCUAGCGCCGCGGAGCGCUUUGUCCCUCGACCCUCGCCCCCUUCCUCCCUCGCGACCAUAUGUAGCUAACGUUAUCGGCGACGACAACAGUUGCCGCAAUCCGGGACAUACGCUGUACCACUGCCGGCCGAUUGUAUCUGAACUAUUAGUACUGGUGUUCGACGGCCUCAGUGAUCGUAAUCACCGUGUGUUCCACUCUCGACUGCUCUCAUGCUCUAUUGGUGUCGGGGGCGCAGCGCGGGCGCGAGCGGCAUGCGGCCCCUGCGGCAGACGCCCAUGGAGGUCGGCUAGCGGCGCGCGCGCAGCCCCCGCGCCCGCUACCCCCGCCACGCCCCCACGACAUCAUGGAAAUCACGGAUGUGCCGAGGCACAGACCUCUCGCCUUUGAUAAGAUGGAAAGUUUGAUAAAAGAAAUGCAAGAUCCAGAAAGCGGCGUACCAGUACGGAGUCAGAAACUAUUUCUUAGCGUUAUACCUUCAGCCUUUAUGGGAUAUGAUCUUGUGGAGUGGUUAAUGGAACGAUUUAAUUUAGACGAGACUAGUAACGUUGAAGCAAUAAAUUUAGCCAACCAACUAUGCCAAUAUGGUUAUUUCUUUCCUGUCAACGAUUCGAAAAACCUUGUGUUAAAGGAUGAUUCUUCUCUUUAUAGAUUUCAAAGUCCUUACUAUUGGCCGUGGCAAGGGCCGCGUGUCGCUGGUGCUGGCUCCAGCGCGCCUACACUGGGGCCCGACAACGUGGAAUACGCCAUCUAUCUUGUGAAGCGUACACUUCGGAACAAGCAGCGCCACGGCCUGGAAGAUUACGAGCAAGAAGCCUUAGCCAACUUGAAGAAGAACCUCGCCGCUAAGUGGGACUUUAUCACUAUGCAGGCUGAAGAACAGGUUCGGCUCGCGAAAGAUCGUAAGAAGGGAGACAAAAUAGUAAGCGACAGUCAAGAGCGCGCCUAUUGGAGAGUAGCCCGUCCACCUCCAGGAGUGCCGAGCGCUCUCGAGCCUUGUCCUGUGCCGGUGCGCGCUAGGCAUCCUCGGCCGAAGAAGCGCUCGAUACAACAACUGACACGAGAGGUUGAACAUUUAAGAGCUAGUCUUGAUCGUACGAGAGUGAAGACGUCUAUUGCCCUUGAGGCCCUUAUGGGUUACUCGGAGACCUUCACGGCGUAUGAUCCCUGGCUCACGCCACCUCAACCUUCUAACCCAUGGGUCAGCGAUGACACUCUAUUUUGGCAGAUCAACAGCCCAAUCGUGGAAGUGCCAAGCGAAAAACGCGUGCAGAGAUGGGCACUUUCCAUAGAAGAAUUAGUAUCCGACCCAACAGGCCUUCAAGAAUUUACUAGUUUCCUUCGAAAGGAAUAUUCUCACGAGAAUAUUCGAUUUUGGCUGGCUGUAAUGGACUUACGACGAAGUAGUACCAAACAAAUACCUAAAAAACUUGAAGAAAUUUAUGAGGAGUUCCUGAAGCCAGGCGCACCGUGCGAGAUAAACAUCGAUGGUGCGACGGCAGAGCGCGUUGCGGAAGGCAUUCGCAGCGGCUCGCGGUACGCACUGGACCAAGCAGCGGACCACGUAUAUGGACUGCUGCUCAAGAAGGACUGUUACCCGCGGUUUAUCCGCUCCGAUCAUUUCCAACGAUUAUUGGCUGAAGGGCGGAAUGUUUACCAGAAGAAAGCAAAGUUUUUCAAUUUCGGUGGCCAAGUGAAAAAAAAGCCGGGCUCCACAAGUGGAAGUGGCGGCAGUGGCAGUGCGGCGCUGUCGAGGAGACGCGGAUCGGACCGCUCGUUGUCAGGCUCAGCACACGAGCUGGCCGUCUGCGCCGCGCAGCCGCCGCGCGCACCGGAGCCGCCCCCGCACAGCCACAGUCAAUCCAACCUCUGCGACAUCCCGUUCAGGGAUCCACUAGACGACGAUACAGCAGAUGUGCUGCCUUGGGAGUGUUCGACUCGGGAGAGUACGUACGGAACGACGAGACGGAGACAAGAUUCAGCUGCAGACUCCGGUAGUUCCUCUUCGGACGUUAGUGCAGCAGUGGGCACGAGCGAGCGCACUCGACGGCUCCCGCAACAGAGCACUCUAGAUGGUGGUCUGCGAGGAGCGCCGCCCCCGCUGCGACGGCUGUCAGCCGUAGAGCCGCGCCACCUCGCCCCGCUCGCCUCUCCACCGCACUCGCCGAGACAGCCGCGCGUUGCCCCCGCGCCGCCCGUCGUGCAAACAGCUCCGGUGCCACCUCACCACCCGACGCCUACGAUAAGCGUUAGUUCGGCACCCGACGACGAAUCAGCAGAGUCACCUACGAGAACCGCGUCGCCUGAAGAUCGUCGUUCAAUCGCUCACUCUGAGGAACCUUCGUCCGUGUUCGCGUCCGCAGACGCGACGCCCACGGAGCAGACGGUAGCAUUCCCCGAACGGUGUGCGAUGAUCGUCGACACAGUGGAGUCCACAGAAGCGGCUAAAGUGGAAAGAGGAGCGGCUCCUGUUGAGUUACCGACGGUUACCGCGUCUCUGGACUCCUACGAAGAAUCGCAAACAGAGUCGAAGGAUGAGUCUCGGGGAGACUCGAAAACUGAUUCUCAGGCGGACUCGAAAGAAGAGUGGACACGGUCUUCUGAGGACGACGUCGUGUCCGUCCGCCUCCCGCCUUCUCGGGAACCGUCGGUUACGAGAGAUAUAACCUCAUCACCGAGUAAGGAAGACGGCGGCGAUAACAGAGAAGCGGAGCCGAGUCGAAUCGAAGAGAAAAUCGAAACCGCAAGUGUAAAAUCUAUCGUAUUGUCGUCAUCGGAAACUAGUAAAGUGCCAGUUCCGGAGACGACAUCACUGUCGGGCGGCACCCCGGCUGUUGAGUUAGGGUUGCCGCGGCUGCCGGUGGCGCCGUUAGCCGUUUGUGAAGACAUCGGGGUCGACGAUGACAACGUAGACAAAGUGCCUUCGGUGCCACCACAGAGAGUCUCCGAAGAUUCCAAGGCGGCGUUCGAGUCCGACGCGGUGAAAAAAAUUGCUCAUAGAGACGAACUGUCGUCGGUUUCUAAAUCCGAUAUUGUUAAGCGUGAUAGUAAAAGCGGAGUCAGUGAAUGUAAGCAGCGAAACGACAUUUGUCCCUGGGAGGACGAGAAUUCCUGCGAGAGUGAUGCUCCAUUUGUUAAAACUUAUGCAACACUCGGUUACUUAUAAUUCUAAUUUAUGUAGACAACAAUAUUUUAUGAUGUCAGGGUUAUAGAAAAAACAAUAUUUUUUUUUAAUGCUAUUUGUUUCGAGUAUCACAAACUUAGAGUAUUAUUAUGUAAUUAUAUGAAUAUUUUGAAGUAAAUGAUUGUUAAUUAUUA